AUGAAGUUCGCUGCAGGCCUUCUCCCUCUUGCCCUGGCGGGUGCCGCCUCAGCGAAGACUACCCGUCCUGGCCACAAAGAACGCUCGACCGAGACCUGUGAUCAGUGGGGCGAGAUCGAGACUGGUUCUUACAUUGUCUACAAUGAUCUGUGGGGCGAGGCCGAUGCCACCAGCGGCUCUCAGUGCACGACAGUCACGGCCGUCACCAACGGUAUCAUUGAGUGGUCGACAUCCUGGACAUGGGCUGGCGGCUCGUCCGACGUCAAGUCAUUCGCCGACGUCUCGCUGGUCUUCACCCCUACGGAGCUGUCUGCUCUCUCGGACAUCCAGGCUGUCUGGGAGUGGAGCUACUCUGGCACAUCCAUCGACGCCGAUGUGGCCUUUGACACGUUCCUGUCGUCUAGCUGCAGCUCGACAACCGACGAGUACGAGGUCAUGAUCUGGCUGGCCGCCCUUGGUGGUGCUGGACCCAUCUCGUCGACCGGCGCCACGAUUGCCACGCCGUCCAUCGAUGGGUAUACUUGGAACCUGUGGUAUGGCCUGAACGGCGCCACAAAGGUGUACAGCUUUGUUGCCCCCAGCGAGAUCACAUCCUUCGAUGGCAACCUUCUGUCGUUCUUUGAUUACCUCGUCGAUUAUGAGGGUGUCUCGUCCAGCUCGUGCCUCAUCGACAUCCAGGCCGGCACUGAGCCGUUCACAGGAACCUCGGCCACCCUGAAGAGCAACUACUACGUGACCAUCUAG